UAGAAGCAGACAUGAGCAGAGCAGCUGUCAUUGGUAAAUCAAAUCCAGGCACAGCACUUCCAGGGAGCAGAAAACACAGAUGGCAUAUACAAACGUCUAUAAUACCCCAUACAUCUGAAACGCUACAAAACUCAAAGAGUUUGAAUGUCUGAAGCAAGGAACCCUACAGUCGCUUGCCUGAGGCCAGGAUUACUCAUCUCCUUGUGCGUCAUCCUGGAUUGCUAUGGGUAUACGCCGUGCUCACCGAGCAUCCCUGGCUCUUACCUUCAACUACGUGGCAUUCGCCAUGGCCGUGUCGGCUGUCACCACCAGCUACUGGUGUGAGGGAACCAGGAAGGUGGUGAAGCCUUUCUGCACGGGACUGGUGACGGUAAAGCAGACGUACUGUAUUCGCUUUAACAGCUCCAACAUCAAUGACACGCGGCUGGUGCAGUACAUCUACGAGACGGGAGAGGAGAAGUUCCUCAUGAGGAAGUUUCACACGGGCAUCUGGUUCUCCUGUGAGCAAACGGUCGACUUACAGGGAUUUAACUGCAGGAGCUUUUUAGAGAUCGCGCCGGAUCAUGAAAGAGGGGUGCUGUGGCUGUGUAUUGUGUCAGAAUGUCUGUACAUUACUCUUUUGUUCACUGGUGGAGCUCUCAUGGUGAUAGAGAUGUGUCCCUGCUUUAACCUGAUCAACAGGCUCAAGCUGAAUGCCUUUGCUGCUGUGUGCACUGCUCUCUCAGGUCUUCUGGGGAUGGUUGCACAUAUGAUGUUCACUACAGCUUUUCAGCUGGCUGUCAGUAUGGGUCCAGAAGACUGGAGACCUAAAACAUGGGACUACAGCUGGUCCUAUUUUUUAGCAUGGGGCUCGUUCGCCUCCUGCAUGGGCUCAGCGGUCACGGCCUUAAACCGCUACACAAAAACCAUCAUCGAGUUCAAGUUCAAACAGCAAAGCAUCGAGAAGAAACUGCGCAUCAAGCAGAAGAUUCUUGAGCUGGAGGUGCCAGAAGACUUAUGGUACAUCACUUCAUUACAAGAGCAACCUGACCAACACACUGUCUUCUCUGUUAAUGGCAUCGAAACAACCUACAUCGGCCACGAUCAGGGGGGAGAAUAUCACCUGUGAACUUAAUCUGCUCAACGGAGCUGAACCUUUUGUGCAUUUCUAUCACAACAAGGGCUUUUGUCAACAUGGACUAAACUAAGUGAUUUUUUUUAACAUACACUGUUGUUUAUGUGUGAAGCCGUAUUGAAGAACAUUUAUAAUGUACUUAUACAUCAUGAUCCCCCUAAAGCACUCUUAUUUAUAAGAGUAUGUUUUAAAUGGCUAAAUGGCUAAAUGGCUUGCCCUAAACUACUACAAAAUGAUUUUCUGUGGUGGCUGAGAUGCGAUUAAGUGUAAAUUUAUUCUGAACCCUGAGCGU